CUCCAGUAUAGUUUCUAAGCUUCUUUUGCUUAUGAAUAAUAUUCUUCCAUCUUAAUUUUAUCAUGGUAUCAGAGCCGAAAUCCUGAAAACAAGUUCUUCUUUCACAAACAUUCCCAUAUUUUUUUUCUCUUUGUAACCCAUGGCGCCGGUUGAUGUUGAAACCAAGGCUAUUGGCAGUGAGUCUGGCGAUUUAGUCAUAGACUCAAUGUCACCUUAUUUUAUUCAGUCCGGGGAUAAACCCGGAGAUGUGUAUGUCACAACGAUUCUUCGCGACGGAAACUAUGGUGAUUGGCUCGAUGAGAUGAGCAACGCCCUUUAUGCCAAAAAUAAAAUUGGCUUCGUGAAUGGUGAUCUUCCGAUGCCGAAGGCCGAUUCACCAUAUUUCCCAUAUUGGCAACGAGCAAAUGCCAUGGUCAAAGCUUGGUUGAAUAGCAGCAUGGAGGUUGAUCUUAGACAAAGUGUAAAGUUCAAAACUGCUCGUGAGAUUUGGACUGAUUUACAAGAAAGAUUUGAAAAGGAGAGUGCUCCACGGGCAUAUGAACUCCGAUGUUCUCUUAGCACCAUCAAACAAGAUGGCCAAUCAAUUUCCGCUUAUUUCAGCCGGUUGCGCCGAGUAUGGGAUGAGAUGGUGUCCAUCAACACUCAACCUAAUUGUACUUGCGGUAAAUGUUCCUGCAAUAUUUCCAAGCAGAUAACUGAAUCUCGUGAUAGAGAUCGUCUUUAUGAUUUUCUGAUGGGUCUAGAUGACAUCUAUGAGCAUCUCAAAAAUCAAAUUCUGGCCACAAGACCGAUCCCAGCACUCACCUCUGCUUAUCAUCUGAUUUCAGAGAGUGAGUUACACCGGUCGAUUUCAUCAAUCCGGAAACCAAAUAUGGAUGGUGCUGCAUUUUACACGCAAACCAAGAAGGAAAUUUCUCAUAUUAGACGUCCAAAAGAAGGCCGAUCUUGCUCGCACUGUGGAAAAACAAAUCACUCUUAUGAUAUGUGUUUUGAGCGCAUUGGCUACCCAUCCCACUGGAAUAUUAAAACUAUGGAAAACAAAGUGGGUGGAGGAACCCAUGCUCAUCAUCAUGAUUCACGUAACAUACGUGAUAUGGGAGGCAGAGAGAAACAUCUACAGGGAAAUAACAAUUAUCGCAGGCACCCUCCAAGUGUGGCACACGUGGAUAGUAAAAAUAAAAUUGAUGUUGGAGUCUCUGAUGAGCAAUUGCAAAAAAUAGCCCAAAUUUUGCAGACUCAGCUACUGGACAAAUCACGUGCAUCCACUUCUGAGAGUCAGAUAAAUAUGACAGGACUUACCCUCGAGGAAGCUGAUUGGGGUGGGCAAAUGUCGUGAUGGUCUCUAUUAUUUAGAGUCACCAGAAAAUAAGGGAGUGGCAAUGUCAGUUUCUAUUAAUCUUGAUUUGUGGCAUCAGCGGCUGGGACAUGCUUCAGAUCAAAGGUUACAUAAUAUUGCUAGUCUCCAAGGGUCAAAGCGAUUUAACAACUUCUGUGACUCCUGCAUACGAGCAAAGCAGACUCGUCUACCUUUUCCAGUCAGUAUCAUUAAGACAACUUGUUGUUUCGAAUUAAUACAUUGUGAUAUUUGGGGUGGCUAUAAGUGUGAUUCUAUUACCGGGGCACGUUAUUUCUUGACCAUAGUUGAUGAUUUCACAAGAGCUGUUUGGGUCUAUUUAAUAAAAAAUAAAUCUGAGGUUCCCCAAGUACUGAUUCAGUUUUUUAAAAUGGUUGAUACCCAAUUUGAAAAACGAAUUAAACGAAUACGAG